AUGGGGAAUCCGGUUAAGAUUCCGGAACCAGGAUGUGGAUUUUGUAGCGGUAACGCAAAUGAACUUGGAGACGUCGGCGGGGGCCCCGGGAAGAGUUAUCUUUUCUCCUUGACAGUCUACGACCCUGAAAUCGGUUCGCCCGGAGAUAGGGUUACAUGGCUGGUAGAGCUCGACGGUUUCGUCGGGUCCGGUGCGUCCUCGACGGCCCUUGAAAAUCCAAGGGAACGAAUAAAUUUCACGCUUGGUCGUACUCAUAACCGCAGCAGGUCUCCUAGGUGA